CGGGAUCCGGAGCCGCCCGAGGCCCUGCAGCCCCCGGCUGUCCCGGUGAGCGCGUCAUGUCCUUCCGCAAAGUGGUGCGGCAGAGCAAGUUCCGCCACGUAUUCGGCCAGCCGGUGAAGAAUGACCAGUGCUACGAGGACAUCCGAGUGUCCAGGGUUACCUGGGACAGCACCUUCUGCGCCGUCAACCCCAAGUUCCUGGCGGUGAUCGUGGAGGCCAGUGGCGGGGGCGCCUUCCUGGUGCUGCCACUGGGCAAGACGGGCCGCAUUGACAAGGCCUACCCGACGGUGUGUGGGCACACGGGCCCUGUGCUGGACAUUGACUGGUGUCCCCACAAUGAUGAGGUCAUCGCCAGCGGCUCAGAGGACUGUACCGUCAUGGUCUGGCAGAUCCCCGAAAACGGGCUGACUUCACCGCUGACAGAGCCGGUAGUGGUGCUGGAGGGGCAUACCAAGCGAGUAGGCAUCAUCACCUGGCACCCAACGGCCCGCAACGUGCUGCUCAGCGCAGGCUGCGACAACGUGGUGCUCAUCUGGAACGUGGGCACAGCGGAGGAGCUGUACCGCCUUGACACCCAGCACCCCGACCUCAUCUACAACGUCUGCUGGAACCGCAACGGCAGCCUCUUCUGCUCCGCAUGCAAGGACAAGAGUGUGCGCAUCAUCGACCCCCGCCGUGGCACCCUGGUGGCGGAGCGGGAGAAGGCCCACGAGGGUGCCCGGCCCAUGCGGGCCAUCUUCCUGGCCGAUGGCAAAGUGUUCACCACCGGCUUCAGCCGCAUGAGUGAGCGGCAGCUGGCACUGUGGGACCCGGCGAACCUGGAGGAGCCCAUGGCCCUGCAGGAACUGGACUCCAGCAAUGGGGCCCUGCUGCCCUUCUAUGACCCUGACACCAGUGUGGUCUACGUCUGUGGCAAGGGCGACUCCAGCAUCCGGUACUUUGAGAUCACAGACGAGUCCCCCUACAUCCAUUUCCUGAACACAUUUACCAGCAAAGAGCCCCAGAGGGGCAUGGGCAGCAUGCCCAAGAGGGGCCUAGAUGUCAGCAAGUGUGAGAUCGCCCGGUUUUAUAAGCUGCACGAACGCAAGUGUGAGCCCAUUGUCAUGACUGUGCCAAGAAAGUCGGACCUCUUUCAGGAUGACCUGUACCCCGACACUGCCGGGCCCGAGGCGGCCCUGGAGGCCGAGGACUGGGUGAGCGGCCGCGACGCCGACCCCAUCCUCAUCUCCCUGCGUGAGGCCUACGUGCCCAGCAAACAGCGGGACCUGAAGGUCAGCCGGCGCAACGUGUUAUCAGACAGCCGGCCGGUGGCCACCCCUGCUCGCUCAGGGGCCCCCACGCCUGCAGCCACCACUGCACUGACCACAGCUGGCGGCAACCUUGCUGGAGCCGGGGAAUCCAGGAAGCUAGACGAGGUGAUGCAGGAGCUGCAGAGGCUGCGGGCACUGGUCAAGGAGCAGGGAGAGCGUAUCAGCCGCCUGGAGGAGCAGCUGGGCCGCCUGGAGAAUGGGGACGCCUAG